AUGGAGGACUCCGGCCGCUUCUCGCACCACCGGGACCUCCAGGAGCGCAGGCCCCGGGGGGCGCACACCCGGCCGGCUCGGGGCUGCCGGGCCGGGACCCCCGGCGGCUGCGGCGGCGGCGGCGAGGGGAGCGAGGCCGGGGGGACCCCCUGGCCUCCCCGCCGCCGCCACCACCACCAGUCCCCCCCGGACUCCCCGCGGGAGAGCCGCAGCCUGAGCGACGUGCCUGCGGCGCAAAGGCCCCCCGACGGCGGCGGCGCCCGGAGACACCGGCCCCCGCGCAGCUGGCGCCCCCGGGAGGCCUGGGGGGAGCCCAGGACGCAGCCCCUCCCGGUCCAGCUGGCCUCACCCCCCCAGCCGCCGCUGCGCUGCCGGCACUGCCCCCCGGCGCAGGGGGACUCGCCCCCGCCGUACCCCGAGGGCGCCUGCACCCCCUUGAGCGGCCUGUUCGGGGCGGACGAGGCGCAGAUCGGGGACCCGUGGGCGCUUCCGGCGGGGGGCGGGGGGCUGGACCGCUGGUCCCUGUCCUCGCUGCCCUCCGAGGAGAGGUCCUCGGCGGCGCCCUCCCGCGAGUUCAGGAUGCUGUCCGGCUGCGUGCACGGCCCCAAGAGGGACGGCGGGGACCGGCUGGCCGCCUCCUUCGCCAGCCAGUCCCUCCUCCGGCCCGCGCGCUCCGGCAGGGAGGCCAGGAGCCUGCACACGCAGAUGCUCAAGAACAAGCUGGACGAGGCCGUGCUGUCGUCCCGGGACCGCAAGAUCGUGGCGCUGGUGCUGGCGCGGCUGCAGAAGGCGCAGCGGAUGCGCGAGCUGCAGCGGCAGGCGGCGGCCGCCUGGGAGGAGCUCAAGCGCUCGGACCGCAAGGUGCAGGCGACCCUGGAGCGCGAGCGCUGGCAGCUGCUGCAGCAGAGCCGCGCGCAGUGGCAGCGCGAGCGGGAGCAGCGCGAGCGGGGGGAGCAGCGCGGGGCCCGCCAGAGGGCGCGCGACGGCCAGGCCAGGCACGACCUGUGGGGGGCGCCCAAGGACCACGACCGGGAUGCGCAGCACCAGCAGCAGCAGCAGCAGCAGCAGCAGCAGCAGGAGCGGGUCGCCAAGCCCAGGAGGCCGAGCCUGGUGCAGCGCCUCCUCUGGGAGCGGCAGCUGGAGCAGGAGCUGGAGCAGGAGCUGGAGCAGGAGCUGGAGCUGGAGAAGACGCGGGCCCGCCAGGAGGCCGCCCCCACCCCCAAGCCCAGGAGGCCCGGCCCGGUGCAGCGCCUCCUCCGGGAGCAGGAGAGGGAGCAGGAGCUGGAGCAGGAGCUGGAGCUGGAGCUGGAGAAGAACCUGGAGAAGACGCGGGCUCUCCCGGAGCCCGCCCCCACCCCCAAGCCCAGGAGGCCCGGCCCGGUGCAGCGCCUCCUCCGGGAGCGAGAGAAGGAGCUGGAGCAGGAGCUGGAGCUGGAGAAGAACCUGGAGAAGACGCUGUCCGAGCCGCAGAAGCAGCCCAGCCUGGAGCAGCAGCAGCAGCCGGCGAGGAGGCUGGUGCCGUCCACGACCACCAUCACCACGACGGCCACGACGUGUCCCAAGCAGCAGGCGCCCCCUAGCGGCGGCCGCAAGAAGGUGCGCGAGGCCAACCUGAGCUCCCUGGUCAACUUCCAGGCGCGCAAGGUGCUCAUGGACUGCCAGGUGAAGGCCGAGGAGCUGCUGCGCCGCCUGUCGCUGGAGCAGAGCGCGCAGCGGGCGCAGGAGCAGCUGCACAGAGGCCUGGCGGGGAGGGAGCGGCCGCACCGGGAGCUGCGGGAGCUGCAGGAGCAGGAGGAGGAGCAGUGCCAGCAGGAGCUGGAGGAGCAGCGGCGGGUGCGCCGGCGGCUGCUGGGGCGGCUGGCGGCCGAGCAGAAGGUGCAGCAGGCCCGGGAGCUCCGCCUGCGGCGGGAGCAGAGCCACCACGUCCUGAAGCUCAAGGCCGAGAAGGAGGAGAAGUGCCACGUGGAGGGCAUCAAGGAGGCCAUCCGCAAGAAGGAGCAGAGGGCGGAGCAGCUGGCCCAGGACAAGGAGGCCGCCUCUGAGGGUUUCCAAAAGGCGCAGCUCCGAGUCGGCGGCUACUGA